CCUUGUCUAAAGACUUCCACCUUCACACGGCUUGCUCUUUGAAGGGCACAAGAGCAGGUGCAGUCCUUUCCCUUGGAGAAGUAGAGGUGAGGCAGCAACCCCACUGCUCAGGCUGCCGGCUCUGGAGGCAGUAGUCCUCCCAACACUUUAGAAGAAAUGCUCCCCGCGCCUCCGGACUCUUCCUGAACAAACUUGAGAUCCAUAGAUGAGUUCUAGAAAGAGGCAAGGCAUGCGGAGUAGUAGAAAUUUGUGUCCAUACUGCAGGGCCGAGCCUCCAAACAAGCCCAUGAGGGAGAUCCAGCUGUGUUUUUGUUUUAACCCCAAAGAAGGAGAAACACCAGUUGAUUAGAUUAAAUACGCUUUGAGUAGGGCCCGAAGUCCUCGGCUUUAAUGUGUAUGACAUCUGAAACUCAAGAUGUUUUUAGUGGCUUUGAGAGCUGUUUCUGACAGCAUGAGACCCCAGUUGUCUCCACGCAUGAACUUACAAGGGGAAGGACGGCUCCCUGAAAUAGCUCAAGGCCUGGUCCCCAUGCGGUAAUGGAAAGGGCACCAGCCCAGCACUUAUCAGGGGUUGUUCUCAAUCAAACACACACAUACUCAUAGUAUGAAUGUUUGCCACUCGUUAUCUGCGUAAGAAGAAAUGCCCUCUUCCGCCUCUAGAACUCCAUGAUUUGAAAUAGGGAAAGGUGACCUUAGGAAGAAGCUGGCCACGGACAUGGAUCCUAUAGCCUUUGGACUGACAGCUACUUCAAGGGGAACAUCGGAGCCAUUCCAGGGCUCACACACACAGCAGGCCUUCUCUCAUCCCUCCCAAACAAAUGAGCACAGCAGCUAAGUCAGUGAGUCUUAAAGCCUCAAGACACAGGCUGUGGGGAGUUUUCUCUUGAAGCCAUAAUGUGGCACUAGAGUUGUGUGGUAAUUCUCUACAUUGCAGGAAUAAAAGAAGGCAUUUCAAAUGCAGCUUGAAAUUUUUACAAAAGAAGUCACAUGCUUCUCUGUGUAUGUCAUCUUUUCCCAGAUGGAUCCAAAAUGAGCCACAGGAUUUCCCUGUUGCAGAGUUUCUGAGAGAAUAAUAGAUCUGACAGCUGGAAGGGGCUUCAGGAGUUGGUGUGAGCCCCUUUUCUUCCAACAUGUAUAAAUAUGUUCUUCCUAUUUUCUCAAUGAGGGGACUGCAGUUCUGAGGUUGGUGAUUUUGAUAUCGACACGGCCCGUGAGUGAUGCUGGCAUGGAGGUUGGGGGAUACCUGCCUUCUCCUACUACGCUCAAGUGCUUCUCACAAGGAGAAGACGCCACCAUCACGCAGAGAGUAGGAAACAGGAAACAGGAAAGAGAAAAAAAAGGAAUGCAGGACCCAUAGAAAUCUUGGCAGCAAAGUCUGGCCAGAUGUCACAAGUGGCACACAGUAGGUCUCUAUAUAUUGACAAUAGAGGCAAGUCAAAGAUGACUGGCAAAGUAGAGCGGUGAACCUAGAGACUGUUUGACUUUGUGGUCUGUAGUGCCUGGGAUUAUGUACAAACCAUAUCUGGCCCGUGUUCAUUGGAUAUGUGGUAUCUCUGAGACUUUAUAAAAAUCAAUUCAUUCAACAAGAAAGCCAGUUUGAUAAAAGAGGGAAAAUUGCCAAUGAGGCUAAGGUGACAGCAAUUUCAGGCACCGUGUAAGCUGAUUAGCCUCAAACAGAGACGCUGCUCUCUGUGCUGAGACCUGUAACCCUGCGGCCGUCUUGGAGACUUGUGGUGCCGGUCACGAGGGCAGCAUGGGCAAUGAGUGAAGGCCAAGACCUUAUUAGGAGAGUCUCCCAGGAAGCAGGGUAAGGCAAACACAGGGCAUUCCUUUAGAGUGAUGGAUUUGUUUUGUUUUGCAUUUAUUUUUGCAUUACAAAAGAAUUGUGAAAUGAUGUUUUUACAUUACCUUUUUUUUCUUUCUUUUUUUAAUUAACCAAAGGAUUUUUUUUUUUUCUCUCCCUUUGGAUAAACAUAGAUCUGGUCAGGCCAGCCCCUGCUUAAGACACCUCAGAGGCUUCCUCUUGCUCAUUUGAAAAUAACCCAGCUCACGAAAAUGACGCUAAACAUCACUGACCUUUAACAGAUUUGCGCAGGACAGCUUUCCCUAUCGAUCAUGAAAUGAUAUGUUUUGGGAUUGGUUGAGUAAUAGCCACUACACUUGAGCUGCCCCCAACACUUCUUCCCCUCUGGGAUCCCUGGACCUUCCCGAAAUCCAGCAUCUAGGGCAGCAGCGGGGCAUCCAGCAUCCAGGGCAGCAGGGGGGCCCCAGGACCCUGCCCCAGCCUGUGGCUUGUGUCUGUUCUGAUGGGACAUGCCUGUGCCUUUGUGGUUGUCAAAGGCUCGUUAACCCCUCCUGGAAGACUCAACGCAGUCAAACGUAUCCCCCUGCCCCACUUCCUCCCUUUCUCUCCCUGAGCCCUGGCCACACAGCCCUUCUUUAUGUUCCCCAGGUGCAUCAUGCUUCCCUCGGGGCCUUUGCAAGUGUGCUUCCUUCUGUCUAGAACAAUCUCUCCCACCCUGUCCCCUUUUGACUUUGGUUAACGUUUCUCAUCCUCCCUUCGAUCAUUCAUAGUCAGCUUCAAUAAGUAUAGGUUGGAUGGAUGAAAGAAAGAAUGACCAAUCAUGUGUGAGAGGAGCAGGCGCUAGCAAACGGACUUCUUCCAUCGCUCUCCAUUGUCUUUGCCUAGUUAAUCAUCGCCAGAAGGAGAAAGGGAGCCUGUGGAUCCGGAGGCUGUGAUGUCCGCCUUCUACUUUGCUCCGCAUUGCUGCUCCUGAACAGAAGCGGCUUCAACCUGGGUGAUGCUUCUUAGCUGAGUUGAGUGCCACCCCCAUCUGCAGAAAAUUGGCAACAUCUCUGAGGAGCCCUUGCUUUUCCUGGGAUACCCAGCAUCAUGGUUUCCUGUUUCCUGGAGUCUCUCAGUGUCCUGGGUUCCCUCCUGCUGCUUGGAUUCCAGCUCGUCUGCCCACAGCCCUCCACUGAACACAGAAAGGUCCCGCAGCGGAUGGCGGUGGCCGAGGGCGCUCCCGAGGACGGCGGCGGCGGCGCCCCGGGCGUGUGGGGCGCGUGGGGCCCCUGGUCCGCCUGCUCGCGCAGCUGCAGCGGCGGCGUGAUGGAGCAGACGCGACCCUGCCUGCCCGGCUCGUACCGCGCACGCGGCGGACCGCCGCCCGGAGCCCCCGCGCGCGCCUUCGCAGGCCACGUGGUGUCAGCCGUGCGUACGUCGGUGCCGCUUCACAGGAGCCGCGAGGAGCCACGCGCCCCCGCCAGCCUCAACUCCAGCCGCCAGGGUCCGGCGCAGCGAGGUAGCCGGCACCCGCAGGCCCGGGGCCGCGAACCCACGGCGGAGAGAAGGAGCAGGACCCGAGGUCCCAUCGGCCCCGGCAUGUAUGGCUAUGGUAAGGCCCCAUACAUCUUACCACUGCAGACGGACUCUGCACACCUGCCACAGAGGCUUCGGAGGCAGAGGCCCUCAUCCCGGAAUUCCAGGUCCCAGGGGGCAUCUGGUUCUAGCCAUGGCUACAACCCUCCAGCCCUCCGGGCCCCCCGACAUGGACCUCUGUACCAGAGUGACAGUGGACCUCGUCCUGGACUGCAAGUCUCGGAGGGCUCCAUCUACCAGCUGCCUUUGACCCAUGACCAAGGCUUCCCUGAAGCCUCAAAUCUCUUCCACAACCCAGAAACAAGCAGCAGCCCUGGCCUGGGGGCCCACAGGGCAGCUCAGAGCUUCUCCCAGCCUGCCCGAUCUACAGCAAUCUCCUGCAUUGGGGCCUAUCGGCAGUACAAGCUGUGCAACACAAAUGUGUGUCCAGAAAGCAGUAGAAGUAUCUGGGAGGUACAAUGUGCAUCCUACAACAACAAGCCGUUCAUGGGCCGGUUUUAUGAAUGGGAACCGUUUGCAGAAGCCAAGGGCAAUCGGAAGUGUGAGCUGAACUGCCAGGCAAUGGGCUACCGCUUCUACGUACGGCAGGCGGAGAAGGUCAUUGAUGGUACCCCCUGUGACCAGAACGGCACGGCCAUCUGCGUGUCUGGGCAGUGCAAGAGCAUUGGCUGUGAUGACUACCUAGGCUCCGACAAAGUCGUGGACAAAUGCGGGGUGUGCGGAGGCGAUAACACGGGCUGUCAGGUUGUGUCGGGCGUGUUUAAGCAUGCCCUCACCAGCCUGGGCUACCACCGAGUUGUUGAGAUUCCUCAAGGAGCCACAAAAAUCAACAUCACCGAGAUGUACAAGAGCAACAACUAUUUGGCCUUGCGAAGUCGUUCUGGCCGCUCCAUCAUCAACGGGAACUGGGCAAUUGACCGGCCUGGAAAAUAUGAAGGAGGAGGGACCAUGUUCACAUACAAGCGACCAAAUGAGAUUUCGAGCACUGCCGGAGAGUCCUUUUUGGCCGAAGGUCCCACUAAUGAGAUCUUGGAUGUCUAUAUGAUACACCAGCAGCCUAACCCAGGAGUCCACUACGAGUACGUAAUCAUGGGGAACAAUGCCAUCAGCCCACAGGUGCUGCCUCACAGGAGACCAGGGGAGCCCUUCAACGGCCAGCUGGUACCAGAAGGGGGGAAUCAGCAGGAGGGAGAAGGGAAAGAGGGGGACGAAGAGAAGGCAGACGUGCACGGCGGGGCACCUGAAAUAUUCACCUCGGAAUCAGCACAGACCUUCCCGGUCAGGCAUCCUGAUAGAUUCUCUCCCCACCGGCCGGACAAUGUGGUACCACCAGCACCACAGACCCCACGGCGGAGCCGGGAUCACAACUGGAAACAGCUGGGGACAACGGCAUGCUCGACAACCUGCGGGAAAGGAUCGCAGUACCCUAUUUUUCGCUGUGUGAACAGAAACACUCACGAAGAGGUUCCUGAGAGCUACUGUGACUCGAGCAUGAAGCCGACCCCGGAGGAGGAACCCUGCAACAUCUUCCCUUGCCCAGCCUUCUGGGACAUCGGGGAGUGGUCUGAGUGCAGCAAAACCUGUGGCCUGGGCAUGCAGCACCGCCAGGUUCUGUGUCGCCAGGUGUAUGCCAACCGCAGCCUGACGGUGCAGCCCUACCGCUGCCAGCACCUGGAGAAGCCCGAGACCACCAGCACCUGCCAGCUCAAGAUCUGCAGCGAGUGGCAGAUCCGGACGGACUGGACCUCGUGCUCGGUGCCCUGCGGAGUGGGGCAGAGGACCCGCGAUGUGAAGUGUGUGAGUAACAUCGGGGACGUGGUCGAUGACGAGGAAUGCAACAUGAAACUCCGGCCCAAUGACAUUGAGAACUGCGACAUGGGACCCUGCGCCAAGAGCUGGUUCCUGACGGAGUGGAGCGAGAGGUGCUCGGCAGAGUGUGGGGCUGGAGUGCGGACACGCUCGGUGGUGUGCAUGACCAACCAUGUCAGCAGCCUGCCGCUGGAGGGCUGCGGGAACAACCGGCCAGUGGAGGCCACCCCGUGUGACAACGGGCCCUGCACGGGCGAGGUGGAGUGGUUUGUGGGAAGCUGGAGUCAGUGUUCCAUCGAGUGUGGGAGCGGGACCCAACAGAGGGAGGUGAUUUGUGUUAGGAAGAACGCUGACACCUUUGAAGUGCUGGAACCCUAUGAAUGUUCCUUCCUGGAGAGACCCCCCAGCCAGCAAUCCUGCCACCUCAAGCCCUGCGGAGCCAAAUGGUUUAACACAGAAUGGAGCAUGUGUUCCAAGAGCUGCCAGGGCGGCUUCCGCGUCCGGGAAGUGCGCUGUCUGUCUGAUGAGAUGACCCUCAGUAAUCUCUGUGACCCUCAGUUGAAACCAGAAGAGAAAGAAUCUUGUAACCCUCAGGACUGCGUCCCUGAAGUUGAUGAAAACUGCAAGGACAGGUACUACAACUGCAACGUGGUGGUCCAGGCCAGGCUCUGCGUCUACAACUACUACAAGACCGCCUGCUGCGUCUCCUGCACGCGCGUGGCCAACAGGCACUCAGGCUUCCUGGGGAGCAGAUAACACCCCGCUCCGCAACCGUGGGCAGGUCAGGGAGUCUGUGAGCAGUGGGACUGGCUGACUGCUGCCCCUCCUGGGGGCUCCCUGGCCUGUGGAGCUGCCAGCCAACUUAGUCAGCACCCCACCUUCAUAAAGUGUACACACGGUGCCCAGGAGCAAGGCCACAGUUGUCCUUUGAGCAUCACCGUGAACUGCUGACCCCUCCUUCAGAGACCUGGCACCUGCGCUCUCUGCAGACCGAGCGGUGGGGACUGCGUGCAGCUCUCGGCCGACUCCCGUCCUGGCACUUUCUAAGUCAGCAGUCAGGCCCUGUCUGGGCACUGCCUAGCCCCAGUGCUGCUGGCCUUUCUAAUACCAGCGCCCCUUGGAGAAUCAGAGGAGACAGUCCCCCCACCCCAGAGCCCCCCUAAGCCUUGCUAGGAUGCCUGCAUCCCUCUGUUACCUCAGCCCGCCUGUGCCUAUUUUUACUCUCAAAGACAUUAGGCUCUUUUCCAGCCUUGUGACACAGAUAUCUCAUGCCAGUUUAGAGCUUUAUUGUUUUGCAGGUGUAUUCAGAGAUAUUAGCUCAUUAGCGGCUGUGAGCACAGCGCUCCAGAAUGGGAGUCAGGGAAUGAAUCUUGUCCCCAUUUUACUGACAAGGAAACUGAGACUGAACUUAGGUAACCUACCUGCCACGUUAGCAGGUAAUUGACCCAUUCAGUGACAGAGCUGAGUCCUGACCCCAGUCGUCUGACCACAAAGCCGUCACCCCGAGGCCUGUCCAGAAGGCUUAGGUCUGCAGUAUGUGGCUUCAUUUCAGACCUAGAGGCUGAGAAGUUUCCCAUUCAGCAAACAAAGCCCAGACCUUUGAAUUCUUUCCUCGGGCCAAAAAUCAAGUCUUUAUCUCCUGUGCUCAGUUGUUUCAGGAGUCUGUUUCUUUUUUCCCUUCCCCCACAAAGUCACAGGUCCUGGUGACAGGACUCCGCACAGUUUCUUAAACCCCAUCCUUAAUGGAACUAUGCCAUGAGGUAAGAAAGCCAUUGGGGUAGAAAGGUGAUUGCCUGAAAUUCUGAUUCCUCUCCCCAGUGGUACAUGCCGCCCAUGGAAUCCUACAUUGUGGACCCUUUGGCCUUUUGUCUCCCAGAGCAGAUUUCCAGAGCACACAGCUCUGUCCCCUGGGCUCUCACCCCUUCCUCAGCCAUCUCUUCUGGGUCCUUUCCCACACAUCACCCAGUGGAAAGUCUAACCAACCUGUCCCAGCAAAAGCCCCAUAUUUAUAUUAGAAAGAGUCUCCUUUGGGUAUUUCUGGUUUGUUUUGCAGAUGUCUCUCUGUGACUUUUCAUCCCUCCCUUCCCCCAUGACUCACAACCCAUAUUCCCCCUCCCAGAUGUGAGCACUAAGAUCUAUAUUAAUGCAGCCAGCCUGGGAAAAGGGGCUGUGAACUCCUCCACGAUGGCCCCAGCGGCAGGGUCUUCCCUGAUUCACUUCACAUAACUCUGUAGUUCCCGAGGCCUGUGGCUGGAAGGGGAAUGCAGUGCAUAUGAAAGAUGAGCUAUCUGAAGAAUCAGUGAGGAUAAAGAAGGGGGGACGUAUAUAUAUAUAAAUAUAUAUAUAUAUAUAUAUAUAUUCUUACACCCACUAAGAAAAAUAAUCAGGCUGAACAAAUUGGAAGCGUAUAGAAAAUUUAUCUAUUUAGUACUAUGGUCCUGGGCGUAUUUCCCUUUCAAAAUAAGCAUUUGCUUUGAAAUUCAUAGCAACUGAGUUUCUCCCGUGAGCCCUUUAACCCAAAAAUCUGCUAAUUUGGUGAUGAUUUGCAGCUUUUGGAAGAAGUAUCACCAGCUCAGUCUUGCACACUCCCUUAGGUUCCCACUAUCCUUGAGCUUUCAGAAAUUCUAUUUGGCCUUUUUAUGUGACCUUCUCUUUCUGGAGAGCCCCAGCCAUCAUUUCCCCCAAAGCACCCUAUCUCUCCUGAUCCUUACGUAACUCAUGCAAUAAGCAGCAGGACAGAGGCCCAGAUUCCUGGGCCCACCAAGCAAAGACAGACCAGAGAGGCCAAGCAUAUGGCUGGUUUCCAUCCAGCACCCACUCUCUCCCUCUCGCCACUUGCCUUUGCUUCUCGUCCCAAGGGAGGGUUUCCUUUAUGCAACUGCUCUCAGAUGUUGCUGUACAAGCCAGUCAUUUGAAGGAUUCUUUGGAGGAAGCUUUCUUUACCUGCUGGAGGACAGAGCAAGAUCAAUGGGUGGAAGAGCAGAAAGGCUGAUUUCAGCUCAGAUUGUGGGAAAACCUUCUAGCCAUCCAGGCUGCCCAGUGCAACAAAGGUAUGGUGUCCUAAUGAGUGAGCUCUCCAGCCUAAAAGGGAUUUCUCCACCAAGUGGGAGGUGAGCAUCCUGGGUCCUUCCAACUCAGGAUUCUCACGACUGGGCUGGGUGACGGCUUUGUCUCUUUGACAUCCAGCAGUGUCCUGUGGCUCUUAAAUGUCACCUAAAAGUUAUUUAAAGGGACAGUGGUCCUCUCAUGAGAACGGCCAUCCUGCCAGUUGUGGAAUUGGAUAGGAGCAAAUAAAUCAACCCCAUGUUUUCAAGGGAAAGAAGUACUGAAACUAGGGGUCUUUUUUCUCUUGCAACAAAUAGUUGAGUUAAUCUUGGAAUUCAUUUAUGUCUGGAAAGCUUAUAAAUUGCUAGAUGAGGGCUUUUAUCAGCUUGACUUGGAAAUCUAAUUUUUACUAAUCUCCUUGUUUCUUAUAUCAACGUCUAAAUGCCUUUGUUCUUAGCACAACACACAUGAUAAUGUCCUUUAGUAUUUUCAGUGACAAUGUUCCUUUCUCCCUCCAGAGAUGCCUCUUUCUCAUUUUCUUGUCCCCUUAUCUCAUCCUCUCCUUCCCAUGACCCACCAUCUCCGUCUCAGUCCUCUGCCUUGUCCCUUAACUGGCUAUGAUGCAGAAAUGAAAUUUACAUUUUAAUACAGCUUUUUUUUUCUGUGUACCAGAUUGCCUCAGUCCCUGCUCUGAAUUUUGAAAUUAGAUAAAUUAAAACUGUUCUGUGUUUUUCUCACAAAAAAAUCAACAAAACUGCAAACAGAAAUAGUUUGCUUUUUUUUUUUACUAUCACUUAUUAGAAAAGAAAAGUGUGCCUCUUGCAGCCUAGGCAAAAGCCGUUCAGUGCAGCCCAUUCUCCCCAUCUCACGUAGACUCGCCUUUCUCCCCUUAGAAAAGGAACAGCAUAAGAAAUAGGGCAUUUAAAAAAAAAAAUCUUGUAAACUUGGCCACUAGAUGGCGUCAGUUCAUUUCAUUAACGGCGUGUACAGUGCCCCCUGCUUGCGAGCUGGUGGGGAAGCCAGAUGAGCAGGGCCAAUGCCCGCCCUAGAGGAGGUGCAGUGUGACAGAAGCGCUCAGAACUGUUCCCAUCUGUCCCGUUGCCUUAAUUCUCUGACCCAGGGCUCUUGGAGUGUGUAUCGUUUACUCACCCUCAAAGUGUUUAGCAUUCAACACUCUUUCCUUUAAAAAGAAUGACCUUCCAGAGGGAUGAAAAUGAGGGACACUGGCUUCAUUUCUUUUUGUCAAGCUGUGUGGCAGGGAGAGAAACCCAGAUGUUACUAGUAACUUUCUAAACCAGUGGCUCUCUUUUUCUUUAAUAUAGCCACUUUAGAAUUUGAAUAUCUGCUUUCUAAUGUCAAAGACACAAAUAUCAGUGGUAAAAAGAAACAUGACUUCCCUUGAAACAGGCUGAAUAGUCAAACCUGAGGGAACCUCUAUCAGCCUGGCAGGUGGAGGCCAACAUUUGAUCCUGCCAUAUGAAACACUCUUUACGUGGCUUAGAUGGGAAAUUAGACACCUUCCUGAUGAAAUUGGUGGAUGCCAAGAAGCUGGAGAGGUAACGCUUGAAUGACACAUUCUAGUACCAAAAAAAGUCUGGGAGACUAGAACGAAACCUGGGAUCUUCAAAAUUCACCAGGAAGCAACAUAAAGUCCCACCUUUGGAUUAAAACAGAAAACAAUGCAAGUACAAGGUGGGGGAGAUGCAAGAGUUUCAGUGGUUAAAGUUCAAUGUGAGUCAAGAAAGUGGGAUGGA